AUGGAAGAAGCAGAAGACUAUUUCGGGGACAUCUCCGUCCCCCUCGACGAGACAAACGAAGACGCCGCCAACGACCUGACGUUCGGGGACAUAGGCGAUAUUAAGGCCGGCGACGAUUCUGAUGCAGCCUGGAAAUCUGACCACGUCUCGCUCUCCGAACGCAUCCAAGCGGAAAAGGAGGCCCUCCGCCACAAAGCCGCCACCCCGGACAGGCAACCCGCCCCCGACAAACAGUUUCCCCCUUUCGUAUUUCCCAGCUUAAAUCUCCUCGCAGAAGAGCCCAGGCCACCGCAACCGCUGCCAGAAAACCCCCGAGUAGCAUGGAACCAGCUCCAGCAUGACCUCAACCGCUCCAACGAGCAACCUGUACAGUCUCAUCUGUCCGCACAGCGAAUAUCGCAACUGCUGCAGCCUGGCCCGCCACCUCCGCAAGUACCCCGCCAAGUACCGAUGCACAUGCACCCCUCGCUCCAACCCCUGCAGCAGCAGCAGCCUCUCCAAUCCCAUAUGCCGUUACGACCAGGUCUCACCCCGCUAGCUGGCCAUCGGCCCCAAAUACCAGCCCGCAGCCAAGCUGCCAUCCAAGACUACCAGCGCCGUCUCAUGACCCACCAGGAUCAGCAGACCCGCUUGUUAUUGCGACAACACCAGGAGACGGCGGACAAGCAACUGCAGGAAGCGCAGCGCGCCCAGCAAGCGGGCAUUACAUUUGAUCGCAAGGAAUUCGAUCGCCACCAAGAGGGCACGCGCCAAAGGAUCCUUCUCGAUCAUCAUAGCAGGCUUAGGCAUUCGCAGAUGCUGGUGUGGCAAAUGACGCAGCAGGUGAUUCAGCAAAGCGCCGAGAGACCCAUCGAGCAGACGCCGGUACUCGAUUUGCGCCGGAGAGUUGAUCCGGCAUCCCCGCCUCAUGCUGGUUACGCCCGCAGCCCUGUCGACUCCUUUUUUCCGGCUAUGGCCUCGCUUGGCGAGCCAGCUGUUAAUGCCUCGAUGCGCCCGAAUGGCAGAGACCAGGCUCGUGGGUCUGCACACGUUGAGGGACAACAAUCUUCUAUUAUCAGUGCGCCGAGGAUGCCCAAGCUGUCAGAUGAGGAGCUGCAGAAAGCCCCCAGGCUUCAGGAGAUCGAAAGGCAAAUGGCGGCGGCUGGGCUAGGCCCAAAUUCGAAGAACACCGACCGAGAUACAUUUGGUAGUCCAGUGCGACGUACAGAAAGGUCUCCACAAGCUCAAGUGAAGAAGACGUCUCAGCGACGGCUCGAGUCCAUGACGGAUAGAGACCAAGAGUGGGUCUUCCGCGCGCACUUGCGGCAGAUCGAGACCUCUGUAGUUUACAAGGAUGACUACUACAAUUCCGUCUUAACGAAGAAACUCAGGGAGAGUAAUCCGGAUAUCUAUGCUGAUCUCGCAGAGCGAGUACAAGCGUUGCGGGUCCGUGAUAAGGAGCGAGGCGCGUAUGGGAACUCAAUGCGGAUACGUGGAUCAAAACGAGGCAACGCUGGGAAAGACGACAGCCAGCUAGCGUCAUCUGCGCAUCAUUCUGACCAAAAUACGCGGGCACUUGCGAACGCUUUGGGGACGGUCCAGUCAUGGCAUCCGAGAGCUCCCCGCCGUGUCAUGGACUUUGGCUUGCUUGAGAAACGAGACACUGCCGACGGGCUGCCGCAAAAAUCACUGCGAGACGACGAACGUGUGCAUGUGCGGCAAGAAAUCGAAAGAGGCUACGACAUUAUUGCAACGAUCCAUGACAUUGCUCGGGGAGAGAGCCAUAAGUCUUUAGGACCCACGAUUCAAACGCUAAUGUCGACCUUGCACCUUGCGGAGAAGAUGGGAGACGAAGACCGAGGAGAGAGAGAUGGAGUCAGAAGCACAAGAUUUUUCGCAACAAUGUGCGUUAUUGAGAAAGGGCGUCGAUAUCUCUCUCAUGUUCUUGAACUAGUGGAAGAUGGUGACAAAGUUCGGGCGAUGUGUGCGAUUUUCGAGAACCUCGGCAUGCUCGUGUUUGCUUCUCGAAAAUCUAGUGGCAAGGCUACGAUCGGCGGAUCGCAGAAGGGCCUCUUCGCUAUCAUGAUGAAAAUCGUACAAGACCCGGAUAUUCGGGCACAAGAUUGUCUUGCAAUUUUCAACUCGUUCAGUACAUCGCAUGUCCCGCACCGGGACGCGUUUCUGACUACUUUUCGUAGUGGCGUAGGUGCAAAAAUAGUGUUUUUAUGUAUGCAACGAAUUUCUGCAGGGUUAGCGAUGCACGUGAUCGGGGAGGAGGAUAUAUCUGCAAGCGGUAUCGAUGGAUUUACACAGGGCUUCACGGAGGCGCUUCCGGAUGUCUUCAAAGGGGCAGAAUCGGAGAGUCGAGUGUGGGAGGCAAUGGCUAGCUUAGACGCGCUGUCCCGGGGCGACACGCGCGCUACGUAUCGGUCCGAGUUGCACCGUCUCAUGCUCGCAGGAACCGUACCCAAUCCACCACCCUCAUGA